CGAAGCUGCCUGCAUGUUGUUCUCUUCUUCUGUGUUAUAUGUUGAAGUGUUGACCUGUUUGUUGGAGCCGCUAAUGCAAAAGCACGGUCACCUUGUCACAGUGUCUGUGAUGCCAGGAGAGUCCCAGAUCAGAUGACACAAGGCAGUAGGCUACCUCCGUGGGCCACUAGAUGGCACUGUGAGCCCCACCUGUGAGUUGGAAAUAGCUGUCUUAUAGCACUUCAGUUCAUGUCUUUCCAUUGCACAAUGAGAAAGCACACCUCCUCAGUCACAUUGGGUUGCUGCCACUGCUACAGUCUGGCUUAACUCAUCAGCAGACCUGUGCUGGCUCUUCUGAGCAGCUCUCUUAUCAUCACACCAUGUGCUGCGAUACAGAAAGCCAGCAGAGAGAAGAGGCCUCUGUUUUUGUUGAAUAAUCAGGACUGAACCACUUUAGGCCAGGCUGACCUGAGCUCCUCUCCAGACACCUCCUCAAACCAGCCUGACCCUCUCAGUCCAGCUCCUCUUGGUCCAAAACAGGCCCAGCAGCCUGACCGAUCUCUCUCCUCUCAUAAUACAGCUGAUCAUAACCUAACCUGUCUCCAUGGAGCGCGUCCAGCACAUGACCAAGUCGGCCAUCCGCCGAGCGUCUCAGAUCGAGGUAACUCCCCAAGCCAGGAGGAACCUGCAGGAGCUCUUCGUCAACUUCACCCUCAUCCUCAUCUGCCUGCUUCUCAUUUACAUCAUCGUCCUGCUGAGCAGCUGAGGACAGCAGAGCCAGAGAGAGUUUGGCAUGGCAGCGCAGUGUGGAUGAAGGUUUGGCUGAAAUAUGGGCUUUCAAAUCCAGUUUCUAAUAAAGCAAUAAUAUAUCAUCCCCAUAUAUCAGCCUGAUCCUGAAAGCUACGAAGAAGAAUCAUGGAGGUCAAGUGAAUCCAUGUGAAAACAAUAAUGGCCAAACUCUUUAAUCUUGUUUCAUUCAGAGCUUCCCUGCUUCUCUUUCUGGAGGGAAUGAUCAAAAGUGACCCGACUUCAACAGUUUUAACUUCCCUGAUAUACUGAAUGUAUGUGUCUGUUGCUCAUUCAGACCCUGCUUACGUUACAAUGUGUUAAUUUACAAAUGAGACUAACCUCUAUGACAAUGUCUCCCGCUUUAAAGGUAGCCUAUAAUAUAUAACAUUUCAGCAUUAAAACAUCUAAAAACGACUAGACCGAUGUUAUAUAUUUUGUUGAGUUGUGUACUUACACUAUCCAAAAUGUUUAAACCUUGAACAAUCUAGAAAUCUGUAUUUUAAUCAAGGUAAUUUACUUUCUAUCCAGUUUUAAGCCAAAUGUACAAUAGGGUACACGUUUUAGACCUUGGUCGUUUUAACUAUAGGCUAUGUAAUGACAGAAUGAAAGAUUUUGGCCAUCAGAUGUCUGGAUCAUAAGGUAUUAUAUAAAUAAGAUGAGCAAACAUCAGCGGCUGACGAACUGCGUUGGAGAAACCCUGAUUUUUAAUGUGAAAAUGCUUUAUUCAGUGUUUUCACCGGUUUUAAUCACCGGGUCCAUUUGUUUUGGAGAGCGGGGACCUCUGCAGGAAAUUUGGCUCCUGGUAAAAACUUCCUGAAUGUCUGGAACUUAAAUGAUCAGAGAAACAAGAUGAGCUAACGUUAGCGAUUAGCUCGCGAGCCCCAUAAGCCUAUGUUCGCCGAACCUCUUGGAGAAACAAUGAUUUUUAAUGUGAAACUACUUAUUUAGUGUUUUUACUGGUUUCACUCACCGUGUCCAUUUGACUUGGAGAGCAGUAGACCUCUAUGGAUAAUUCGGCUCAUGGUAAUAACCUCCUGCAUGCCUGGAGCUCAAAUUAACAGAGAAAGAAAUUGAUCUAAUAUUAACAAUUAGUUUGCAGCCUCUUCAUCGGUCGAACUGCGGAGCAGUAACAAAGAGUUUUGACACGAAAUUGCUUUAUUUAGUGUUUUUACUCACUGUGUCUGUUUUUGGAGACCUCCGCGGUUAAUUAGGCAGCCUAUUGGCAGAAAAUGACAUAGGCUAUUGUGCGUUUAAGUAAUAAUAGGUGUUGCAUAUAAUACUGAAAUAUCAAUAGGCCUACAUCACUGUUGUUUUAUUUCCAUUUCCCAUGAGUCCUGUUGCUUCCUGCAGCCCCCCUCCCACCACCACCAGGAGCAAGAUCAACAUGCUGGAAGUGUUUUGACAUUAGCAUUUUUCCUCCUUUAUCUGACACUGCCAGAGACCACAGACAGACAUGGCUGUUGUGUCUGUCACAUCUGUGUAAGCUGCCAUCAUGGUGGUUAUCAGAGCCAAACAACACAUCCUCAACCUUCUGGCAGCGUACCUGCAGGGGUUCCUGAUGAGCAACAUGAACAUUUCACUCAUAUAAUUCACUAUGUAAAGUAUGGACUACUUGCACACUCACGCACACAAACACACACACAUCUGAUAAAGGCCUGACAUACACAGUACAUGCAGUUUAUCAGUUGUGACUUUCACUUUGCAUGGUGUGAUUUCACUCAAUGUUUUGUGUUUAUGCCAAUGAAGCUGUUUAAAACUAUUUAAUGCU